GGAAGCUGUAUUUCACGCAUGUCUAACAUCGAUGCCAUGGCGGAGGGAAGUUUCAAGUACGAUCCAGAUAAAAAUUAUGAUGAAGAAACACUGGCACAGCAAAGAAAUAUUGAAAAGGAGAUCACAGACAGUCAGUUGCUGGUCAGUGAACAGCUGAGUGUGGAGGAACUCAUCGAGGAGUAUGCCCAGGAAGAUGAGGUUUACCGCAAGAAGUUGGAUGACAUGCGGUCAAGGUACAAACAGGUGAGGAAGACACGAGGGGAUGGAAAUUGCUUUUUCCGGGCAUUUGGUUUUUCCUACCUGGAGAAGCUGCUCACAGAUGAUACAGACAUGACAAGGUUCAAAGAGAUAGCCAGCAAGAGUAAAGAUGAGUUAGUCACUCUAGGCUUUCCACAGUUUACCAUUGAAGAUUUUCAUGAAACAUUUAUGGACAUCAUAACACAGGUAGAGAGCAAAUGUCCACUGUCUGACCUUGAGACCUCCUUCAAUGACCAGGGUCUGUCUGACUACGUUGUUGUGUAUUUAAGGCUGCUGGUGUCAGGGCAUCUACAGAAGGAAAGUGACUUCUUCAUCAACUUCAUUGAAGGUGGCCGAACUGUGAAAGAAUUCUGUGGCCAGGAAGUCGAACCAAUGGGAAAGGAAAGUGACCAUAUCCAUAUCAUAGCCUUGACCUCUGCCCUUGGAGUUGGGGUCAGGGUCGAGUACAUGGAUCGGAAUGAGGGACCAACUUGCAAUCACCAUGAUUUCCCAGAAGGCAGCAGGCCCUCCAUACACCUGCUAUAUCGACCAGGACAUUACGAUAUCUUGUACCCCUAAUGUUGAAAUGCAAGGAGAGGAUUGGACUUUGUGAGAUUUAUUGUGUCAGUUCGGAAUGGACUGAAACCUAACUGAAAAUCAUCUGGUGUCACAGGAUAUAUUUUCAAGACAACUUUGGCUGAUGAAAACAAGAUGUUUAUGAAAAAGUAUAUGGGAAACAUUUUGUUGUAGACAUUAAAUAUAGCUCUAUUAUUUAUCGACAAAUGGCUGGAAUAAAUAUGGCACCUGUUGUAUAAUUUGCUGAACUUGCUGUCUUCUUCACACAAGAGUCUGUGAACAAUUCUUCCUUUGCUUGAUCAUAUAUGGAUUAGAGGUGAAUGGAAAUGCUGUCAGGGAUAUUGGAUGAGGUCAAGACAUAUAAGUAUUAUUCUGUAUUAAAUUGGGUGGCUGUCUAUAAAAUAGGGUAACCCAUAUGUUCUUUGAUUUUCUGGGUAAGAAAAAUGUAUUUGUUCACAAAAAAAGCAGUCUGGGUAAUCAGACAAUCCCUGCUUAGGUGACAGAUAAAUGCGUCUUCAAGUUUAAUGUUGAGUGUAUAUUUAAGGCCUUAAUAAAUCAGUUGUGAGAUUUU